CGUAGGGGGUGGGGUUAGGGGGGUCGGCUUACGUCCCAUGUUGCUCAGCCCCCCUGCUGCGCCCCUCCCUCCUCUGAGAGGAUCAGGACUGUGAAUGGGUGUAGUGCCUCUGAUAAUUCCUCCACGGGGCAGGAGGAGCAGCAGGUGCCCCGGUCAGUGUCCCGUCACUUCAGGCAACAUAAGAAAGAUUCACCUUCGUCUCCGGCUCUCCUGCACACACAGCUCUCUCUCUCCGUCUCUCUCUCUCUACACUCACCUGUGAGGAUGUCUACCUGUUCUUAGCUCACCUGAAUGGAGCAGCCUCUACCUGAAGUGCGGGAAGGUCCUCACGUUCUGCUGUCUGAUGUUCAGGAUUAAUCAGAAGCUCUGCAGUCAUGGUCAUUCUGCAGCAGGGGGACUAUGUGUGGUUGGACCUGAAGACUGGCCGAGAGUUCGACGUGCCUGUAGGAGCCGUGGUGAAGCUGUGUGACUCGGGUCAGAUCCAGGUUCUGGAUGAUGAAGGAAACGAACACUGGAUCUCCCCCCAGAAUGCCACCAAUAUUAAGCCCAUGCACCCCACCUCCAUCCACGGGGUGGAGGACAUGAUUCGGCUGGGGGAUCUGAACGAGGCGGGGAUUCUCCGUAACCUGCUGAUCCGCUAUAGAGAACACCUCAUAUAUACGUACACAGGGUCAAUCCUGGUGGCGGUAAACCCGUACCAGCUGCUGCCCAUCUACACAGCAGACCAGAUCCGCCUGUACACCAACAAGAAGAUCGGAGAGAUGCCCCCUCACAUCUUCGCCAUCGCCGACAACUGCUACUUCAACAUGCAGAGGAACAACAAGGACCAGUGCUGCAUCAUCAGUGGUGAGUCCGGAGCGGGGAAGACUGAGAGCACCAAGCUGAUCCUGCAGUUUCUGGCGGCCAUCAGCGGUCAGCACUCCUGGAUUGAGCAGCAAGUGCUGGAGGCCAAUCCCAUACUGGAGGCCUUCGGGAAUGCCAAGACCAUCCGGAAUGACAACUCCAGCCGAUUUGGGAAAUACAUAGACAUCCACUUCAACAAGAGAGGGGCAAUAGAGGGAGCAAAAAUCGAGCAGUACCUGCUGGAGAAGUCCAGAGUGUGUCGACAGGCCAGAGAUGAGAGGAAUUAUCAUAUCUUCUACUGCAUGCUGAAGGGGAUGACUUCAGAUCAGAAGAAGAAACUUGGCCUGGGAAAAGCCACAGACUACACCUACCUCACUAUUGGAAACUGCACGGUGUGUGAUGGUCGGGAUGAUCAGAAGGAAUACUCCAACAUUCGCUCAGCCAUGAAGGUGCUCAUGUUCACGGAUACGGAGAACUGGGAGAUCUCCAAACUGCUGGCCUCCAUCCUGCACAUGGGAAAUCUCCACUAUGAAGCUCGGACGUAUGAUAACCUGGAUGCCUGUGAGGUGGUGCGCUGUGCUGAUCUGACCACCGCUUCAAAACUGCUGGAGGUUGAUUCUAAAGACUUGAUGAACUGCCUGACCAGCCGCACUCUGAUCACUCGAGGGGAGACGGUGUCCACUCCGCUCAGUAUGGAGCAGGCCCUGGAUGUGCGAGAUGCCUUCGUAAAGGGAAUAUAUGGGCGCUUGUUUGUCUGGAUUGUUGAGAAGAUUAAUGCAGCAAUCUUCAAGCCUACAUCCCAUGACCUUAAAGCUGUACGCAGAUCCAUCGGCCUCCUGGACAUCUUCGGCUUUGAGAACUUUACUGUCAACAGUUUUGAGCAGCUGUGUAUCAACUUUGCCAACGAGAACCUGCAGCAGUUCUUCGUCCGCCACGUCUUUAAGCUGGAGCAGGAGGAGUAUAACCUGGAGAACAUCAACUGGCAGCACAUCGAGUUCACCGACAACCAGGACGCCCUGGACAUGAUCGCCAUCAAACCCAUGAACAUCAUCUCCCUCAUCGACGAGGAGAGCAAGUUCCCCAAGGGAACAGACACCACCAUGCUGAACAAGCUCAACUCCCAACACAAGCUCAACACCAACUACAUCCCUCCCAAAAACAACUACGAGACUCAGUUUGGGAUCCAGCACUUUGCAGGAAUCGUUUAUUACGAGACGAGAGGUUUUCUGGAGAAGAACAGAGACACUCUUCACGGUGAUAUCAUCCAGCUGGUUCACUCUUCAAAGAACAAGUUCAUCAAGCAGAUCUUCCAGGCGGAUGUGGCCAUGGGGGCGGAGACGAGGAAGCGGUCCCCGACGCUGAGCAGUCAGUUUAAGCGCUCUCUGGAGCUGCUGAUGCGCACUCUGAGCGUGUGCCAGCCUUUCUUCGUACGAUGCAUCAAACCCAACGAGUAUAAGAAGCCCAUGUUGUUUGACAGGGAGCUGUGUGUCCGGCAGCUCCGCUACUCUGGAAUGAUGGAGACGAUCCGGAUCCGCCGGGCUGGAUACCCCAUUCGCUACACCUUUGUAGAGUUUGUGGAUCGUUAUCGUGUCCUUAUGCCUGGAGUAAAGCCUGCAUACAAACAGGAGGAUCUGAGAGGAACCUGUCAGCGGAUUGCAGAGGCCGUCCUUGGCCGAGACGAUGACUGGCAGAUGGGAAAGACCAAAAUAUUUCUGAAGGAUCAUCACGACAUGCUGCUGGAGAUCGAGAGAGACAAGGCCAUCACUGACAAGGUCAUCCUCAUCCAGAAGGUGGUCAGAGGAUUUAAAGACAGAUCUAACUUCCUUAAGAUGAAGAGAGCAGCGCUUAUCAUCCAGAAGACUUGGAGAGGAUACCACUGCCGGAAAAACUAUGAUGCGAUGCGUGCCGGUUUCUCCCGGCUGCAGGCCCUGUACCGCUCCAGGAAGCUGUAUCAGACGUAUCACGUGGCUCGGCAGAGGAUCACGCUGUUCCAGGCUCGCUGCAGAGGCUGCCUGGUGCGCCGGGCCUUCAGACACCGCCUGUGGGCUGUUAUCACCAUCCAGGCCUACACCAGGGGCAUGAUCGCCCGCCGCCUCUACAAGAGACUGAAGGGAGAGUACCGGAGGCGUCUGGAGGCGGAGAAGAUGCGUCUGGCUGAGGAGGAGAAGCUGAGGAACCAGAUGAGCGCCAAGCGAGCCAAAGCCGAGGCUGAGCGUAAGCAUCAGGAGCGCCUGGCCCAGCUGGCUAAAGAGGACGCAGAGCGGGAGAAGAAGGAGAAGGAGGAGGCUCGCAAGAAGAAGGAGAUGCUGGAUCAGAUGGAGAAAGCUCGUCAGGAGCCCGUUAACGACUCGGAUAUGGUGGAUAAAAUGUUUGGAUUCCUGGGGACCACCAACUCCUUUCCGGGUCAGGAGGGCCAGGCGCCGGCCGGGUUCGAGGACCUGGAGCGGACUAAGAGGGAGCUGGAGGAAGAAGAUCUGGAUGAAGCUCUUCCUCUGCCUGAGGAAGAUGAGGAAGACCUUUCUGAAUAUAAAUUUGCCAAGUUUGCAGCCACGUACUUCCAGGGCACAAGCACUCACACGUACAUGCGCCGUCCACUCAAACAGCCGCUGCUGUUCCACGAGGACGAGGGGGAUCAGCUGGCAGCGCUGGCGGUGUGGAUCACAGUCCUUCGUUUUAUGGGAGACCUUCCAGAACCCAAAUACCACACAGCCAUCAGCGACGGCAGCGAGAAAAUCCCUGUGAUGACGAAGAUUUACGAGACGCUGGGCAAGAAAACCUACAAGCGAGAGCUGCAGGCGCUGCAGGGGGAGGGAGAGAACGCUCACAUUGACAGUCAUAAGAAGAACAGUGUGCGUCACAAGCUAGUGUCCCUCACCCUUAAGAAGAAGUCAAAGAUUACUGAGGAGGUGACGAAGCGCCUGAACGACGGGGAGUACACGGUGCACGGGAACAGCAUGCUGGAGGACCGACCCACGUCCAACCUGGAGAAACUUCACUUCAUCAUCGGCAACGGCAUCCUCCGACCCGCGCUGAGAGAUGAGAUCUACUGUCAGAUUUGUAAGCAGCUGAACCAGAACCCGUCUAAAAGCAGCCACGCCCGAGGCUGGAUCCUCAUGUCCCUGUGUGUGGGCUGCUUCGCCCCGUCUGAGAAGUUUGUGAAGUAUCUGAGGAACUUCAUCAGUGAAGGUCCUCCAGGCUACGCUCCAUACUGUGAGGAAAGGCUCAGGAGGACGUUUGUGAACGGCACCAGAACCCAGCCCCCCUCCUGGCUCGAGCUGCAGGCCACAAAGUCUAAGAAGCCCAUCAUGCUGCCUGUGACCUUCAUGGACGGCACCACAAAGACCCUGCUGACUGACUCGGCCACCACCGCCAAGGAGCUGUGUAACGCCCUGUCAGAUAAAAUCACCCUCAGAGACCGAUUCGGCUUCUCUCUAUACAUCGCCCUGUUCGACAAGGUGUCUUCUCUGGGCAGUGGAAGUGAUCAUGUGAUGGACGCUGUGUCUCAGUGUGAGCAGUAUGCUAAAGAGCAGGGGGCUCAGGAGCGUAACGCCCCCUGGAGGCUGUUCUUCAGGAAGGAGAUCUUCACGCCCUGGCACGACCCCACUGAGGACGGGGUGGCCACCAACCUCAUCUACCAGCAGAUCGUCCGCGGGGUGAAGUUCGGGGAGUACCGCUGUGACCGGGAUGAUCUAUCAGAGCUGGCGUCUCAGCAGUAUUAUGUGGACUAUGGAUCGGAGAUCCUGGUGGAACGUCUCCUCAGCCUCAUUCCUUCAUACAUCCCUGACCGAGAAAUCAGCUCCGCCAAGACGGUGGAGAAAUGGGCCCACUUCAUCAUGGCUGCCCAUAAAAAGGGUGUUUACACACAGAAGCGAGUGGACCCUCAGAAGGUGAAAGAAGAAGUGGUGGAUUUCGCUCGAUACAAGUGGCCUUUGUUGUUCUCUAGGUUCUAUGAAGCCUUUAAAUUUUCAGGACCCAGCUUGCCUAAGAAUGAUGUGAUUGUAGCUGUGAACUGGACUGGAGUCUAUUUUGUUGAUGAACAAGAGCAGGUUCUUCUGGAACUCUCUUUCCCAGAGAUCACUGCGGUUUCCAGCAGCAGAGGAGGCAAGCUCCAGGGGCAGAGCUUCACCCUGGCCACUGUUAAAGCAGAUGAGUACACCUUCACCUCCAACAACGCAGAGGACAUCCGAGACCUGGUCGUCACGUUCCUGGAGGGCCUAAGGAAGAGAUCCAAGUUUGUGGUGGCGCUGCAGGACAACCCCAGUCCAGUUGGUGAUGACUCUACGUUCUUGAGCUUCAUUAAGGGAGAUCUCAUCCUGCUGGAUCAGGACACAGGUGAGCAGGUCCUGAACUCAGGCUGGGCUCAUGGGAUCAAUGAGAGGACCAAACAGAGAGGAGACUUUCCAGCUGACUGUGUCUACGUCCUGCCUACCAUCACCAGACCUCAGCCUGAUGUUGUGGCUCUGGUUACUAUGACGCCAGACCAGCGUCAGGAGUCCAUUCGCGUGGCGCAUUUGCCCCUGCCCGAGAGCGUGGAGCGGGUGAAGCCGUACACACUGGAGGAGUUCUCCUACGACUACUUCAGACCGCCUCCUAAACACACCCUGAGCCGCGUAAUGAUCACGAAGAACCGGGGGAAGGAUAAGCUGUGGUGCUGCACGCGGGAGCCCAUUAAACAAGCUCUGCUGAAGAAGGUUCUGGCCCAUGAGGAGCUGUCCCAGGAAGCCUGCAUGGCAUUCAUUGCCAUGAUGAAGUAUAUGGGCGACUAUCCAUCCAAACGAACGCGUUCUGUAAAUGAACUGACGGAUCAGAUCUUUGAGGGAGCUCUGAAGGCCGAGCCGCUGAAAGACGAGAUUUACUCCCAGAUUCUCAAACAGCUCACAGAGAAUCACGUCAAGUACAGUGAAGAGAAGGGCUGGGAGCUGCUCUGGUUGUGUACUGGACUCUUUCCACCCAGUAAUGUCCUCCUACCCCACGUCCAGAGAUUCCUGCAGUCCAAGAAACACCAUCCACUCGCACUGGACUGCCUUCAGAGACUACAGAAAGCCCUGCGGAACGGCUCCAGGAAGUAUCCCCCCCACCUGGUGGAAGUGGAAGCGAUCCAACACAAGACGACUCAAAUCUUUCACAAAGUGUACUUCCCCGACGACACAGACGAGGCUUUCGAGGUGGAGUCCAGUACCAAGGCUAAGGACUUUUGUCUGAACAUCUCCGGCCGCCUGCUGCUGAAAUCUCCUGAUGGUUUCAGCCUGUUUGUAAAGAUUUCCGAUAAGGUGAUCAGCGUUCCAGAAGGUGAUUUCUUCUUCGACUUUGUCAGACAUCUCACCGACUGGAUCAAGAAAGCCAGACCUGCUAAAGAUGGAAUUGUGCCUUCAUUGACCUAUCAGGUGUUCUUUAUGAAGAAGUUGUGGACGAACACGGUCCCAGGAAAAGAUUCUUUUGCUGACUCGAUCUUCCAUUAUUACCAGGAGCUUCCUAAGUAUCUUCGGGGCUACCACAAGUGCUCCAGAGACGAGGUCUUCCAGCUGGCAGCUCUGAUUUACAGAGUCAAAUUUGAAGAUGACAAAUCCUACUUUCCCAGCAUCCCGAAAAUGCUGAAAGAGCUGAUUCCUCAGGAUCUGAUUCGCCAGCUCUCGCCUGACGACUGGAAACGGUCGGUUGUGGCGUACUUCAACAAACAUGCCGGGAAGUCGAGGGAGGAGGCCAAGCUGCUGUUUCUGAAGAUCAUCUUUAAGUGGCCAACGUUUGGCUCUGCCUUCUUUGAAGUGAAGCAAACCACCGAGCCCAACUUCCCAGAGAUCCUGCUGAUCGCCAUCAACAAACACGGAGUCAGCCUCAUAGACCCCAAGACCAAGGACAUUUUAACAACUCAUCCCUUCACAAAAAUCUCCAACUGGAGCAGUGGAAACACCUACUUCCACAUCACCAUCGGAAACCUGGUGCGAGGGAGCAAGCUACUGUGUGAGACCUCACUGGGCUACAAAAUGGACGACCUGUUGACGUCCUACAUCAGCCAGAUGCUGACCACCAUGAGUAAGCAGCGGAACUCACGGGGAAACAGCAAGUGAACGUCUUACUGGCGGGAGGCGGCGGAGCUGGUGCGUCUGCUGCGGCCCAUGGGUCAGCCCUGCAGCUGGAGCCAGACCUUCGCCUGGCAGAUGUGGAGGAUGAGCCGCAGCCCCUCCGCCAGCUCCCUCGGCUCCGGAUUCUUCCACCUGGAUGAUGAUGAUGAUGAUGAUUAUUACAAUGAUGAUGAUGAUGAUAAUGAUGCUGUUUCAUCGCCCUCCACUGAGGACACCUACCUCUGACUGGGCCUGGUGCUGGACUCUGUGCUGCCGGCCACAAUGCUGCUGCUCGCCUCCCGCCUACUGACUUCUAAUAAUGUUAAUUAUGAUGAUAAUAAUAUUUCUAAUGUUAAUAAUAAUGUUAUAAUGAUAUGUAGCGCCUUUCUAAAGCUCAAGGACACUUUACAGAGCAUGAGCAGCCUAACAACAAUGAGAAGAAGAAGAAGAAGAAGAAGAA